UAAACGCUCUCUUGCGGAUCCCCGGCCGGCGUUCGGUUCGACAAUCCUAUUGUUAGCAUAAAUUGUAAUUAUAACAUUUGUUCUGAAGACAACUGUCGGUUAAGACCGACUAAUAAUGCUCUUAUAUGUGAUACGUGUGUUUGCUACGUGUUUACAGGUGUUGUAAUGAUUAAUUGCAUCAAGUUAAUACCAUAUGCUACCUCAGUUGUUGUUGGCUUAUACUUGAUAAAGCGUUACUUUGCUGGUGGUGUUUGUAAAUGUAAUACUGACCUAACUGGUAAAACUGUAAUUGUUACUGGAGGUGCCACUGGUAUUGGUAAGGAAGUUGCUCUAGCUCUAGCUAAAAAAGGUGCUAAAGUGGUGAUAACUUGUCGAAAUCAAUUUGAACGGUUAUCCCUUGAGGACAAGUGGUUGUUGAACCUUGAAUAUUUAUACUUGGAUCUUAAAUCAUUCAACAGUAUUCGGGAGUUUUCUCAAGUUAUUCACGACCGUUUUGAUUCUAUAUAUGCUUUGGUGAAUAACGCCGCAGUGUUUUAUCAAAAUUUCCAUUGGACUGAAGACGAUUUUGAGUCAACAUUUCAGACAAAUUAUUUAGGUCCGUUCCUCCUGACGCACCUGUUGCUCGAUCUGAUCCACGCGUCCCCAGACGGCGGCCGCAUCGUCAACGUCACUUGCGAAGCGCACCGAUACGUGCGCGGAUUGAAACCGAUCUACGCCAACUUGGGCUAUCUUUCCCAUAGCCGCUUUGCUGCGUACGCCGAGUCCAAAGCUUGUCUGCAGCUGUUCUCGCACAAGCUCUCGCUGUCGCUGACUGGUACCAGUGUUACCGUGAAUGACGCGAAUCCCGGAAACGUGCGGACGGCGCUGUGGAAACUAUACUUCAACGAAACCUAUCAUCCGUUCUUGCUGAAGCUUUAUAUGCCGUUGCACUGGUUGCUGUCCAAAUCACCUGUUGAAGGCGCACAGACUCCGUUGCAUCUAGUCCUGUCACCGGAUCUUCGAGGCGUCACGGGCAAAUACUUCUCGGAUUGCGUGGAACGGGACCCUUCACCGCUGUGCGUCAACUCGAAGAUCGCGGAAGGCCUGUGGAUCCAGAGCUUGGCGUGGGUGAACCAUCGGCUGCAGAGAUGAGCAGGAGGGUGC